CCGGGCCAAUUGGAAUGGGAAUCUUUCAUGAAUGAUUCGGGGUUCAGCCAAAUCCCCAAAUCGUCGUUUUGGUGCAUCGCUAAUUGAAACUGCCCAGGACUUUGUAGUCAGGUGACUGGGGGGUAUUUUUAAGCAAUUUUUAUGGUAAAACCUCAGGCUCCUCCCAGGAAGAACGUAAAUCACAUUCUCCUUGUCUUCUUUCCGCCAGUGACACAGGUUCCGCUUCCCCAGCACUGAAAGCCCCAGAUACCAUCACCCAAUGGCAAGCCUCCAUGUUCUGCCUGUCAGAAGGGAAAGGAUUGGGGGUGACCAAGUAUCCGUCCAACUUCACCUCCUCCCUCCCGUUCUUUGUGGAGGUCUCUGUACCCUUCUCCUUCACUCGAGGGGAGAUGUUGCUCCUGAGAGCCUUUGUGUCCAACUAUCUGAAUCAGUGCAUCAAGGUACGUGUGACCCUGCAACCAUCCAAGGACUACACAGCCAUUCUGCAGGAAGGGACACAGGACAUGUGUGUGUGCCCCAAAGGCAGGGCCUCCUACUCCUGGAACGUGACUGCUAAUUCGCUGGGAGUGAUAAGUUUUAAUGUGACCGUUCAGAUGACUUUUAUUGGAGCAACGUGCGGAGGGCCUCCCAACACCACCCAACCACCUCGCAGUGAUACUGUAAUAAAGACCGUCAUUGUGGAGGCCGAGGGUAUAGAGAAGGAAGUGACAUACAGUAACCUGGUGUGUGUGGAAGGCAACAACGCACAAAUUCCAUUCAGCAUCACCCCACCCGCAAACAUGGUGAAAGGAUCCGCCAAGGCUUCUGUCACUGUGAUUGGGGACCCACUGGGCCACGCUGUUAACAAUCCGGACUCUCUGAUCCAGAUGCCCACGGGCUGUGGGGAACAGAAUCUAGUUAAGUUGCUGCCAAUACCGGCGGUGCUGGCUUAUCUGAAUUGCAGCGGGCAGCUAACCAAGGAGAUCCAAGACAAAGCAGUGCAGUACAUGGCAACUGGGUAUGUAAGGCAGCUUGGUUUCAAACGCUACGAUGGAACUUUCAGUGCUUUUGGACAAAGAGAUCCUGAGGGAAGUUCAUGGUUGACAGCUUUAUCUUUAUACACAUUUCAGAAAAUAAAGCAAUAUACAUUAGUAGAUCCAACAGUCAUAAAUCAGGCGCUGAUUGCCCUUGAGAAAAGCCAGGACCUUCAAUCAGGAUGUUUUAAAGUCUCUGGGACUCUGUUUAAUAGUGAACUCAAGGGUGGCGCUGAAAAUGAAAUCAGCUUUACGGCCUAUGUGGUUGCAAUUCUGAUGGAGACGAACUACCCAGGAGCGCAAACCCUUCUGCGUAAUGGCUUGGGCUGCCUGGACGCAGCAUCCAGGAGAGAGCAAACGCUGUAUAACCUGGCUUUGCUCUUCUACGCAUUCAGUUUAUCUGGGAAUGAAGAGAGGAGGAAUGCUACAUUGGCUAAACUGAAGAAAUUGGCAAUUCACGAAAAUGGUGGCAUCCACUGGGAGCGUACUGACAAGCCAAUCGCAGAGAAGUACCCAUUUUUCUAUGCCCCACCUCCUUCAGCUGAUAUAGAGAUUACAGGUUAUGUCCUGUUGGGGUUCACUAAGGGACCCGCCCCAUCGCAAGAGGAAAAGUCCUAUAUGACCCAGAUUGCAGUGUGGUUGGUUCGGCAGCAGAAUUCUCAAGGAGGCUUUCGAUCAACUGCAGACACCGUAGUGGCCCUGCAGGCUCUCGCUGAAUACAGCUGCCUAGUAUACAAGAAAGGGGCCACCAAUCGUGUCACAGUGUCUCUGGCAAGACAAGUGAUUGCCACUUUUAAUGUGCAGCCAAGCAACAGGCUUCUGGUACAGAGACGCAUGCUGCCGAGCCAACAAGGAAACUACUCAUUUGGUGUUAGUGGGAAUGGCUGCUGCCUGAUACAGAUUAGGAGAACUAUCAUCCCCAUCAACCUCACAUUCAGUUACAAUGGAAAAAAGAACCAGUCCAACAUGGCGGUUGUAGACAUGAAGUUGUUGUCAGGAUAUUCAGUGCAAUACCAGUCACUUCUGCAGGUAUGA